AUGCCCGGGAAACUUCUGUUCACGGGCGCGACAGGCUUCAUUUGUGGCACUGUUCUGACACAACUUUUGAACUCUUCUGACAAAGACAUCAAUGCACUGUCGAUUACCGCUUUAGUUAGGAGGCAAGAACAAGCCGAUAUUCUCAGCCAAAAAGGGAUCCAUGCCACUAUCUUCAUGGGCCUAGAUGACUCUCAAUUUUUGACGAAAAUUGCAAGCGAGCACGACUACGUUAUCCACACACCGACCGCCUUCCAUACAGGAUCCGCUGUAGCCAUCUUGGAAGGCUUAGCGGAACGGAAGAAGCAUAAGGGAAGGGAUGUUCACUUCAUCCAUACAUCGGGAACCUCCAAUCUUGCAGAAAGAACAAUCACACAGCGGUCAGGUGACAUUCAUGAAUGGUCAGAUAAGGAGAAGGUGUACGAACACGAGGAAAAGAAGGAAUUACUGGAGGCUUACGGCCAGCGAACAACGGAUAUUGCUGUUGUUAGGACUGCAGAGAAGAACGGAGUCAAAGCAUACAUUAUGAUGCCUCCAACAGUCUACGGGCGGGGCACCGGCCUCUUCAAUCAAGGAUCAACGCAAAUCCCAAGCAUUAUUCGUGGUGCGAUCAAGACUGGCGUCCCAGAAUACGUAGGCGAGGGCACAGCUUGUCUUGGGCAUGUCCACGUUACGGAUCUUGCACUACUUUACGAACUUGUACUGAGCAAGGUCCUCUCUGGAGAGAACAUCCCUUCGGGUAGGAGAGGUAUUUACUUCUCCAAUACUGGCAGUCACAAUUGGAGAGACCUUGCAGCCUUAGUUGGUAAGGCAGGUGCUUCGCUUGGUGCAUUGGACUCAAUAGAGCCUCGGUCGGUGAGCUUGGAAGAAGCUGGAUCGAGAUGGUUGAAUGGGAUACCCCAGAUUGCGGAGAUGAAUUAUGCUGCACACUCUUCUACAAAGCCUGUUUUGGCACCGGAGCUCGGUUGGAAGCCCCUGAAGACAGAGGCCGAUUGGGAAGACUCGUUUGUAGAGGCGUUUCGAAUGGUUCUUGAUGAACAGGCCCAGUAG